AUCCUCCUCCUCAUCCUCCUCCUCCUCAUUGUCCAAUUGACAAGUCUACUGCUUCCUCGUUAACAGAUUAGACUUCCGCCGACUUCCACUGGCAAUAUGGCUUCGACCUCUGCGGAGACCUCCCACCCUGUGGUCUUCACCACUCAGACAGCGUACCCCUUACCGUCACAAAAGUUUAUGAUUCCAACAUCAUGGAAGCGUUACCAACUGUCGCAGCUUGUAAACAAAGCUUUGUCUCUGCCAAAACCUCUUCCGUUCGACUUCCUAGUGCGGGGAGAGAUCCUCCGAGGCACCUUGGCGGAAUGGUGCGCGGAGAAGGGUAUCGGGGAGGAAGAGACAUUGGAGAUUGAAUACUUUGAGUCGGUGAUGCCGCCGCAAAAGAUGUCAACAUUACCGCAUGAAGACUGGGUUUCGUCUGUUUCAUGUCAAUUACCUGGGUACCUCUUCACGGCGUCCUACGACGGAACCAUCCGCACGUUCGACUACUCCCAAAAGCUCCUGCACAGCGCUGCCAUUCACACAGCACCAACGACGUCCAUCUGCCUCGUCCCCUUGUCCUCCUCUUCAAAACACUUCAUCGCCAGCGCGUCGCACGACCUCACCGCACGCCUGACCACCCUCUCGCUCCCGUCCGAUUCUUCCAAGCCCGUCGAGUCGCAGACCGUCACAUCCCUACACCUGCACACCGCCCCGCUCGCGUCAAUAUCUGCCAACGCAUCCGGCUCGCACCUCCUCACCGCCUCCUGGGACGGGCUCAUCGGCGUCUGGGACACAUCCAUCCCCGCGUCAGACGAAGUACCCGCUGACGAGCCGGCCGAGAGGAAGAAGCGGCGGCGCGUGGAGGACGACGCCUCGCGCCCCAAACGUAAGGCGCCGCUAUCCGUGCUGAAGAGCCACACCGCGCGCGUGUCGAAGGCGGUCUUCGGCCGGGGCGAGGGCGCCGCCCAGGAGGCGUACAGCUGCGGGUUCGACUCGACCAUCCGGGUGUGGGACGUCGAGAACGGCGUGUGCACACAGACGAUCGCCGCGUCCUCGAAGCCGUUCCUCGACCUCGCGCUCACGCCCGCCGGCACGUCCGCGCUCGCAUGCGCGACCGACCGCACCGUGUCUCAGUACGACUUCCGCACCGCGGCGACGAACAUCUCCGCCUCGGCCGCAUCGCUCCUCCACCCCGCGACGCCCUCGUGCGUCGCUGUGCCGCCGCCGUCCGGUGCGGAGCACCAGCUGCUGACGGGCGCGUACGACGGCAUCGUCCGCCUGUGGGACCUGCGCAGCACGAAGAGCGCGGUGACGAGCUUUAGGGUGUGGGAGGGCUCGGAGAAGAAGGGGAAGAAAGUGUUGAGCGUCGACUGGGCGCGGGGCGUCGUUGGCGUUGGGGGUGAGGGCGGCGUGGAGAUCUGGCGUGUCGGCGAAGGCGGCCGCAUGUUCCUCGGCAACUAGAGGGGUUAGUGAGAAUGUUGCUUGCACGCGGAUAGUGCUCUGUGUGGUGCUGAGGUGACAAGUCGACGGCGUAGACCAAGGCAGCAGUCAUGCACAGUGGAAAAUACUAUCAUUGUUUCUGCUUCAC